AUGCACCGCUCUUCAGUGCUCAAUGUCGUUGUGCCAACAUCUUCCUUUCAGGAUGGGCUUGUCUGGGUGGAAGGCGAGGGCACUGAGCACAAGACGCUGGGAAAAGUCCAGGUUCAAGGAGGCCCUGUGCAGUGGUGCAACGGGGCCAUCAAGUUUGCUGCCAACGAGCUCGCUCAUUGCGUGCUGCCUUGGACGGUCGCAGGCUACGCGAUUCUUCCUGUGGACUGGAGUGGCAACAAACAUCGCAGCUUCGCGCGCACUCUGCAACUUGAUUUUCGAAAGGACAGCACCUGGUCCUUCAUUCGUCGCCUACCGGGCUUGAGUGAAAACGAUCAGGCGCGCGUGGACAGUGCAAACCUCAUCUACGACAACGCUGCAGACUUUUGCAAGUGGCUGCUGCAAAAGAGCCCCGCUUCUAUGCUGAAGCACCCCUUUGAUGUGGCUCGCGCUUUGCCUGAUGGCAUGGUAAGAGCUUUGUUCAAAGUGCUUGUUGAGGGCCCGGUUGCUGUCAUCAGGACCCGCUUGAACUUGCUGAAGCUAUGGAAAAGUUGGGCCCUCGAACUUGAGCCUGCAGAAUCUAAGCUUGGGGCCGGCCUGGCGCCGUCCGUGAGACAGGUGCUCAGUGGCAAGCGGACGCUCUUGCUUCAGAAGAUAGCUGCUUCUUUUGAUUGGCCCGACAAGAGCUUGCGCCGUGACAUCACCCAAGGCUUUAAACUUACCGGGUAUCUCGAGUGUACUGAUGUUUUCCACCCCGACGAAAAACCUGCCUACAGCACAGAACAGGAUUUUUGGGAUGGAGCCCCAGUGCUUCGCGAUUCCUUGUGGGAAAAAGUUGCAAGCCAUAAAGUGCAGGACUACUCUCAAGCCUUAUGGGACAUCACCAUGGACGAAGCCGAUUCGCAAGGCAAAGGGCUGGUCGCCAUGCAGACGCUUUGCCGUGUGGCAGGGCAAAUGGAGGCACUUGAUGAGAUCACUUGGGCUUGCGUUCAGAUCUUCAAGUGUGCCGUUGCGCGGGGGGAUGUUUCCUUCACGCUGCAGGAUGGCUCGAUCUUGAAAGGAAAGCUUCACUCGGCUUGGCGUGACGUGGAUCGUGUCAGGCCGCUGAGCAAAACUUAUGAUCUGAAGGCGGCCUACAAGCAGAUGCCUCUCCACCCGGAUGAGCGCAGGAAAGCCAUCAUCAUUUUGAAAAAUCCUUCAACGCUUCAGGUCCAAGCGUUCGUGUGCAACACGCUACCUUUUGGAUCGUCGGCCUCGGUGCUACACUUCAACCGAGUGUCGCUGCUGCUUCAGCGUGUCAUGUGGGAACUCUGUCUGAUUUCCGCGUGCUACUACGAUGAUUUCCCCUCCGCGAUGCCUGCCAUGCUGAGUGAGGGGAGUGAUAACAUCGUCCACACCGUGAUGCAGCUACUAGGUCCGCUAGGUGUCGUGCUGGACACAAGUGAUCCUGCAUUGGAGUGUGUGCAGUUGAGGAACAAGACUGAAAAGGCUGAGGCGAUGAGCCAGUCUCUUGGAAAGAUCCUAGAAGAUGGGGUCGUCUCGUCUCGCGAGCUUCCUUCAAUGCUGGGGCGUUUGCAAUUUCUCGAAUCGCAGCUUUUUGGCAGAGUGGGUAAGCUUGCUUUGGCCGACCUGCGUCAAGUCGAGAAAUCCUCUCAUGAUACUGUGAAUCUUGAUGGCACACACCUUGAUGCUUUGAAGCUGCUCCGGGCCCGUCUGCUGGCGAGCAAGCCUCGGAGGAUUGUCGCGUCACUGUCGACGCCGCCAGUUCUGCUGUUCAGUGAUGGCGCGUGUGAGCCGUCCGGUAGCUCCUUCACUGCGACGAUCGGCGGAGUGCUCAGCUGA